AUGGAAGCUACGGUUGGAGGCCCAUCAAGGACCAGUCAGCACUAUUCCAGUCAGCCAGGGGGUUCGUAUACCAGAGCUCCAGAUUAUGAUGGUUAUUCGGCUUCGUCCGUUUCUGUUCGGCAUCCGACGCUAGACCGCGGAUGCUUGCACUGUGAUAAUACAGGGCAUUUCAAGAGAAAUUAUCCCAGACUUAGUCAAGGUGUCCAGGGUACUCAGUUUCAGGCUCCUAGAGCUCCUGUAUCAAGCAGAAGGGGAGGAUCUUGUGGGGGUAACCGCGUCCAGUCUGGGCGUGGCAGUCACACGGCUAGUAGAGUUGGCAACCAUCCUAACAGAGGUGGGUUUCAAUCUGGUAGAGGUGGAAAUAUGCCCGGUAGGGGCGGAGCUCAGACAGGGCAGGUUGAUCGCAACGGUUCACAAGCUACUGGCAGACGGGUUCAUUGUUAUGCCUUCCCUGCAGGACAUAGGCUGAGGGCUCAGAUGUAG